UCGAGUAAUAACAAACGAGUGCCCGAUCCUAUCAAGUUUGGUUCCUUCCCAAUCCCGGAACCUUGUAAUGAAGUCUAUAAAUAUCAAACAAUGAAGACAAUCUCAAAAAGGGAAACAAUCCAUCCUGCAAUUGUUUAAUCUCUGAUUUCUGAUUUGUUCAUGGCUUGUCUUUCUUGCUCCAUUGAAAUGGAACCCAGGACCUUGAAUCAAGGAGAGCUCAACAAUGCCAGGGAAGCAGCAGUAGUUAUAGUUUCAAAUAUGGAACCUCAAAAGGCUUCAAAUGUGUUCAUUGAGGGACACAGACAAGUAGUUCCACUUAACAGGACGGAAGAGAUGCCCAAAAAGAGAGAUGAUAUUCACACCACUGUGGAUAACAAGGAGAGUGCUCUAGUCAUUGAAAGAUCAUGUGAAUGCUCUUGCACUUCCACUAGUAUCGAUGAAUCCCCUGAAAUAGAAAAACUCAGGGAGCCCCUUUCAGCUCCUUUUUGAAGUUUUCUAGUGUACUGAUUCAUGUGGCUAAAAUAAUCCAAUCAGACUCCUUUCUUUUUUCACGCAAGAGAUCUUAGGUUGGAGAGGUUGCAUUAAAAGGAGUCACAGCCACAGCAUAUGUGCACAUUUGUUGGAAAGCGUAAAGAUGGUGAACUAUCCACACAAAAAUGGUGAUAGUAGAUAUGCAUUUGCUGUUCUUUGAAACUUUGUACACCAAAUAUUUUUAAAUUGCAGUUUCAGUUCACCUGGUAAUGUAGUACAGCGUAGGAUUAUGGAGCUAAACUACAAGGACAGGUGAUGGGGAAGAUGCUACAGAUGAUUAGGGUUUUGAGAACUAGAAGGGAUUAAGGAAUGAAUAAUAAAUAAGAUGUUAUGGGAUC